GUCCUAAUUCUUUCAACAAACGAAAUGCUUGUGUUUUAUGUGUGACAGGACAAAAUAAAACCUCUCUCUUUGUCUUUCUUUUUAAUGUCCCUUUGUUCUAUGUUGGUGGGUUUAGUCUCUUAGUGUUGAUAGAGAAGAAUGGGGAGAGGAAAGAUUGAGAUUAAGAAGAUUGAGAAUUUGAAUAACAGGCAAGUUACAUUUUCUAAGAGACGCAAUGGUUUGCUCAAAAAAGCCAAAGAGUUGUCUGUUCUUUGUGAUGCAGAGGUUGCUGUUAUCAUAUAUUCUGGUACUGGCAAGCUUUAUGAGUUUUCAAGCACAAGUAUGGAGCACACCAUUUCAAGGUACGGUAACCGAGGCCUUGGUUUGAAUAAUGGAGCAGAACAGGAACAACCCAGUGAUCAGCCUCCACCACAAGUUAUGGAGCUUGAUACGACCAUUCUGCAGGAAGAAAUAGCAAAACUUCGUUCAGCUUACUUAAGAAUGAGGGGUAAGGAGCUUGAUGGAUUGGGCCUUAAAGAACUGCAGUACCUAGAACAUCAACUCUGUGAAGGGAUAUCAGCUGUCAAAAAUAAGAAGGAACAAGUGCUUGCUGAACAACUUAAGAGAUCCAGGUUACAGGAGCAAAAGGCUAUGAUGGAGAAUGAAGCUCUUCGCAAACAACUUGAGGAGAUAGUAAAUAAAAGAAAGGCAGAGUUCAUUGAAUUUCAUCCGUUGGAUAGGACAAUUUCAAUCAACGGUUCAAAACCUCCUUUCAAUUAUGCUUUAGAGGGUAACAAGAUUUCAGAUACUUCCUUGCAGUUAGGGUUGUCAUCAGAUUAUGAUCACAAGAGGAAAGAAUGCAAGAUAGAACCUAGCAACAACUCGGGGAGUCAAGUUGCUUCACAAUGACAUUUUUGCACUGAAAAACUUGUCUUUUGAAAUUGGAAAAUUUUCUUUCUGUUUUCAGUGUCAUUGACAGUAGCAGUUUAGCUUAUAAAACUAGUUGUUUAUAGGUUUAAAAUUGAUUUACGUUUACUGUGGCCUUAGAUUCAACAUGUUGAA